AUGCACCAAGCGAAUAUAUGGGGCGCAUUGAGGGAUCACCUGCGUUUAGUUAUUCUCGAGGCGCACAAGCUGUACGAUAACAGCCCUUUAAUCGCGCGUGAGGAAGGCUGCGACUGGACAAAGGAUUUCGAAUUCACCGGGACGUCAACUGCGAGGUCACUUGCAGAAAGGCACGUUACGCAUGAUGGAUCAGCCAUGGAUACCCCCAAACGCUCGGGAUCGGCUUCAGCCGACCAGAAAAAGAUCAAGCUCAACGUCAACCAAGGCGCCUCCCCCGUCGACCCUGAAAAUGCGACAGGAAAGCGAAGCGAACUCGAACCCAUACAGUCUGGCGAUAUUGGCAAUCUUCCAAAUGAACCCUCUACCUCUUCUGGUCCAGAAACAGGCUCCGGGAAGACAAGACAGCUGAAAGACAAAGACGAUGAAGAGGGCGGUGGAGACGGCGAUGUGUCAAUGGCUGAGGACAACGACUCUGGGGACGACAACGACGACGAAGACCCUGCUCAACUCGAAGCGACGCGUCUGCGUCUCGAAGAACAGGCUAGGAAAUAUCUGGCAGCACAGACGCACGAAGUCAUCAUCCCCUCGUACUCUGCUUGGUUCGAUAUGUCCAAAAUUCAUCCCGUUGAACGACGCGCCCUGCCGGAAUUCUUCAAUUCGCGAAACAGGUCCAAAACCCCGGUCAUUUACAAGGACUAUCGAGACUUUAUGAUCAACACAUAUCGCUUGCGACCGACAGAAUAUCUCACCGUCACCGCUUGCAGAAGAAACCUUGCGGGAGACGUCUGUGCCAUCAUGCGUGUGCAUGCAUUCUUGGAACAGUGGGGUCUUAUCAACUACCAGAUUGACCCAGAACAACGACCAGCCACCCUUGCACCACCUUUCACCGGCCACUUCCGUGUCGUCCUUGACACACCUCGCGGAUUGCAGUCUCUGCAUCCCGGGACACGUCCCACAAACCCGGCCCUCAAUGGCGCUUCGAAGCAGCAACCACCGACAGCUCCUGCACCACCAGCCUCUCUCGAACUGCGAUCCAACAUCUACCAAACCACCGCGAAAUCCUCCCGUACCCUCACCACAGCCGAGGCGACCAACCUUGCCAAUGGCUCUGCCCCAGUCAAGACCAACGGCCAACUCCCAGCCCCCACUAUUCACACCUGCGACACCUGCGGCGCCGACUGCACUCAAAUGCGCUACCAUUCUUUGAAGGACAAGAAAUACGAAAUUUGCGGUCCCUGCUAUCUCGACGGCCGGUUCCCGUCAACGAUGUUCAGCGGCGACUUCGUCAAGCUCACCAACGCUUCGGCGCCCAGCGACGAUUGGUCAGACCAGGAGAUUUUGCUGUUGCUGGAAGGUGUAGAGAUGUACGAUGACGACUGGAUCAAGAUUGAGGAGCACGUUGGGUCUCGCUCGGCUCAACAAUGCUUGCGCAAGUUCCUCGAGCUGCCAAUCGAGGAUCCUUAUAUCAACACGGAGGGUUCUAUGGGUCCUUUACGCUUCGGCCGUAUACCUUUCGAGCAGGCAGACAACCCCGUCAUGAGCGUCGUCGCAUUCCUCGCUGGCGUUGUCAGCCCUUCCGUCGCCUCAGAAGCUGCCAAAACCGCUCUGCACGAGCUCACCGAUAAGAACUCGAAGACGACCAGGGACGAAGAGGGACAGUCGGGUGAAGGCGAGGCUCCCAAGGAAACCGACGAGGACAAGAUGGAUGAAGACAAGGAGAAGACUGAGGCCGCGCAGAAGCCCGCAGAAGAAGGCGAUAACAUGGCGGUGGACUCCGGCGCAGCAGCGGCUUCAGGGGACCCGCCAUCUUCCUCUGAACGCAACAAGCCCACCCCCACCAUCCCGCACUCCAAGGUCGCCCGUGCAGCCCACCUCGCCCUCAAGUCCUCCGCCAAAGCCGCUCAAAAACUCGCCGACGCCGAGGAUGCCCAGAUCAAGAGCUCCCUCGCCCAGCUCAUCAAGCUCACGCUUACCAAGCUGGAGCUCAAGAUGUCACAGUUUGAAGAGCUGGAGGAGAUCUUGGAGGAGGAGAGGAAGAGCUUGGAGAGCGCAAGGUUGGCUUUGGUGAAUGAGCGAUUGGGUUUGAAGAAGCUCCUGGAUGGUGUCAAAGCUGAGUUGGCCAAGACUGGGGGUGUUGUCCAACCAGGGAGCGCGGCAAUGAAUGCGCUGAAUACUCCGCUUGGGACCACUGGACAGGGCACCGUCGCGGCGGAGGUGCCAGGGACGCAGUCUUUAGAUGGUAACAAUGGCCCUGCCCAAGAUGCUCAGAUGAUGCAGUUGACUUGA